UUGCGCUGUGUUUUGUGAGAAGCUAACUGGAAGUAUGAAACUAAUACUGGCAGUAUUGCUUGGAGCCAUCCUCGUGGUGGACCAUUCGAUGGCCGGCAAAAUCAAGGACGAAUUGGAAAUUCCGGAGGCUUACAAACGACCCGCCAAAAUCCUGCACAACAUCUGCCUGGCGGAAUCGGGGGCAAUGGAAAGCAAGCUCAAGCAGUGCAUGGAUGGGACCCUUCACGACGAUCGUGAAAUCAAGUGCUAUAUUUAUUGCCUUUUCGACAAGAUCGACGUCAUCGACGAAGCCACAGGACGCAUCCUACUGGAUCGAUUGGCUCCACUGGCCUUGACUACCGACAUCAAGGAAACCCUAGAGCACUUGACCAACGAAUGUGGUCACAUUAAGCUGGAAGAUUCCUGCGACACGGCUUACGAAGUGGCCAAAUGCUAUUUUGACGCUCAUGAUCAAGUCGUCAAAUUUUGUCACUUGCUGAUGGCUGACGUUACCAGUUAAGGGUCCACAUUUGCACAUGGGCGAUAGGUACGUGUUUUUGAUGUAAGCUAUUUAGCUCUUUCCGUGUAUGCCGGACAUCAAAAACGUACGUGACGUACCGUGAAAGUACCGAUAGAUCCUACGUUUGUGUUUGUUCAUAAUGAAACGAAUAUGGAAACCGACCUCCUGGCAAUAAUCGAAUGGAUUUCCUCUCCCUAGGUGACUGCAAUACUGAUAGAAAUUAGUCCGUAAGAAGUGCAACAUGAGCGUACGUACAGGACCACCUCGCAGCUAGCAAUGGAUAUUAUGAUUUGUUAUAUUUAAAUGGGAUACCUAUGUUUUAAUAAACUAUGCAUGCUAUCACGAGUUAUUUAUGCGCAG